GAUCCACCGCUAACGUGAAGCUGUGGCAAGGACCCAGAAUGACUUCAGAAAUGUCUGUGAGGGAGUCUUUUAACCCUGAAAGCUAUGAGCUGGAUAAGAACUUCAGGCUCACACGCUAUGCUGAGCUCAAGGGCACAGGCUGCAAGGUUCCUCAAGAUGUUUUACAGAAACUGCUAGAAUCCUUACAGGAGAACCACUAUCAAGAGGAUGAACAUUUUCUAGGGGCAGUAAUGCCUCGACUAGGCAUAGGCAUGGACACAUGUGUCAUCCCUCUCAGACAUGGCGGGCUUUCACUUGUCCAGACAACAGAUUACAUUUAUCCUAUUGUGGAUGACCCUUACAUGAUGGGAAGAAUUGCUUGUGCCAAUGUUCUAAGUGACCUGUACGCCAUGGGAGUGACAGAGUGUGACAACAUGUUGAUGCUUCUGGGAGUCAGCAACAAAUUGUCAGAGAAAGAAAGAGACAAAGUCAUGCCACUGAUCAUUCAGGGAUUCAAAGAUGCUUCAGAGGAGGCAGGCACAUCUGUCACAGGAGGACAAACGGUGCUCAACCCCUGGAUAGUGAUGGGAGGAGUGGCUACAACAGUCUGUCAGCCCAAUGAGUUCAUCAUGCCAGACAACGCAGUCCCAGGAGAUGUGUUGGUGUUGACUAAACCACUGGGAACUCAAGUGGCUGUUGCAGUGCAUCAGUGGCUAGACAUUCCUGAGAAGUGGAACAAGAUCAAGCUGGUGGUAACCCAAGAAGAUGUCGAGCUCGCCUACCAUGAAGCCAUGAUGAACAUGGCACGACUCAAUCGCACAGCUGCCAGUCUCAUGCACACCUUCAACGCCCACGCAGCCACUGAUAUCACAGGGUUUGGCAUCCUCGGCCAUGGUCAGACACUGGCACGACAACAGCGAAGCGAGGUGUCAUUUGUCAUCCACAACCUGCCAGUGCUCGCCAAGAUGGCUGCAGUGUCCAAAGCCUGUGGGAACAUGUUUGGGCUCAUGCAUGGCACCUGCCCAGAAACAUCAGGAGGCCUGCUUAUCUGUCUGCCCCGGGAGCAGGCUGCCCGCUUUUGUGCUGAAAUCAAAUCCCCUAAAUACGGAGAGGGCCACCAAGCAUGGAUCAUCGGAAUCGUAGAGAAAGGAAACCGCACCGCUCGCAUCAUCGACAAGCCGCGAAUCAUAGAGGUGGCACCACAAGCAACCACGCAGAAUGUCAACCCAACACCCGGUGCAACUUCCUAAUCCUCCAUUUGCUGCAUCAUAGAACUGAACCCAAAACCUCCAUUGAGAGAUGUUAAACCUAUAAACUACAAAAUCAUGGUAGAGUGUUGUAAUAUGUACACACACACAAUAGUAAAAAAAACAACCAAGGCUGGGUUGGCGUGUAUUAUCAUGGAAACAAUCCCACAUAAUGGCCUCGAGGGCAAGUCACCCACCACCCAGUGGACUCAAGCUGCAGUGAUCCCCAUGAUAAGAAAUUGGCAAAAAAUAGUGCAUACUUAUAAUUCAUUUGCCUUUUCUGUCUGUUAUGUUAAAUGUGCUUG